UAAUAAUCGGAUCACAGCAUGCUGUUUUCAUAAUCAGGCGGUUGCUCAGCUCUUGGAACUCUCCGCGUUGAAGGUCAUUUCGCUCAACACUCUGGAACAACAAACAUGGCGGCGACCAUGGAGAAUCUGCACAGGUUUAUCAAACUGUUCAAACCGUCACAGAAAUUUGCAUCAUAUUUACAUCGUAAUUAUGCAAGAACACACUUUCUGAAGAACCGAUGGUAUACAAUACAGAAAUGCUCUAUGUUGAAGUUGUUGUCAAGGCGACCUGUUUUAUCCUCCUUAACAACAGUAAGCGCUGUAAGCUGGUUUGUCAAGAAAGAAGAAGCAGAAAUUAAGGAAGAUAAACAGCCAUCAGUGAUACAAAAGGCGGACGAAUUAUACGAUGCGAAUAAAACAAUAGCUCUGUAUGAUUUACUCAAAGAAAAUCUUGAUGAGAAUGACGAUGAAAUUCUGUGGCGUUUAGCAAGAGCUUGCCGUGACAUGAGCCUAAUGACAAAGAAUUUCACCAGAAAGAAGGAAUACAUGUAUGAAGGAUUUGACUAUGUCAAGAAAGCCUUAGAGCUAAAUGAGAAGAACUUCGCUUGUCAUAAGUGGUAUGCCAUCCUUCUAGACAAGACAGCUGAAUAUGGAGGGACAAAGAAAAGGAUAGAAAAUGCAUAUUUAGUAAAAGAUCACUUUGUGAGAGCUGUGGAGUUAAAUCCAAAAGAUGCUACUUCAAUGUAUUCUAUAGGCCACUGGUGCUACCUGUUUGCUGACAUGUCCUGGUACACCAAGAAAAUAGCUAGUGCUAUAUUUUCAACACCACCUUCAUCUACCUUUGAAGAGGCGUUGAAGUAUUUUGAGAUGGCAGAAGAAGUUGAUCCUGACUUCUACAUCUGGAACCAUGUGUACCUGGGGAAAACCUAUAUGAAACUGGGUGAUGAAGAAAAAGGAAAGAAAUACCUCAUGAAAGCACGGGGGUUAUCAGGACCUAACACAUCUAUAGAUGAGCGAGAGGCAAUGAUGGAAGCGUUUAGAACAUUGUUGGAAUACAAAUUGAUUGAUCCAAAAAUACUUAAAGAAAUGGAUAAAAAGAAAGAAAUGGAAAGACAGAAAGAAACUGAAAAAGAGAAAGAAAUGAAGGAAAAUAAAGAACGAUAAGUGGUACAUGUGCUUUGAUGAAAAGGACACCACUUUUGUGGGGAAAGAAAUUGCUUAACUGUGUGGAAAGCACAGUCACAUUCAGUACAAAGAAUCACCAGGUGUCAAUGAAUCGAAGAACUCUUAAAAAAAGUGUGCAAGGAUCAUAGGUGACGAAGUGUGUGGAUGAUUACAUUGAACAUUGGUAUUGAACAUUCUCUCUUCAACAUGUUUGUUCAAAUUUUUGUUCCUGAAAUCAAACUAAUUUUGGAUAUAAUGAAUAGUUAUUGAGAUUUGCUGAAUAAUUUCAUGUAGAAAUUUAGAUGUUGUAUUAGAACAGCACCAAAGUGCAUUAGAUUGAGUAGAAAUACACUGAACUGUCGAACAGUUUGUGGUUAAAUGAACAAUCAUGUCUGUAUAUUUGUUGUGCGCAUGAAGCAGAAAAUGUUUCCAAUUUGACACUGUGAUGUAUUUUCUUUAAAUCAUUUAAGUGUUGGGAUUGUAAAUGAAAUGUAUAAUAAGUUACACAAAUCACGACUUUAAACGUUGAUUGAAUAUUCAAUCUUUGAAUGAAAUAUUGAUUGUAGUCUAAUUAAAGACCCUAGUGUGUUUACACCUUGGUGCGGCAUCUGAUGUCAGUCUGUUGUCUGUUUGUCAUUAACUUUUCCACUUAAACAACUUCUCAAUAAGCAGCAGGUCAACUGUCGUGAUAUUUAGCUGGUGGGUUGCUGGGAGGAAUCCCAACAAAGUCUGCAAAAAAAAAAAAAAAAAAUGACCUUGACCCUUCUAGGUCUCAGGGGUGGAAUUUGUUGAAACCUUAAAACAACUUCAGAUUAACUAAAGGCUCAGAAGCCAGAUAUUUAGCUUAUAGGUUCUUUGUAUGAAUCUUGAGGAAGUUUGUGAAAAGAAGUGACAAAUGUGACCCAUAUUCAAGGUGAAAGGGGCCAAAUUUGUGAAAACCUGUAAAAGAUUUCUUCUGGUAUACCAAAGGUGUGAGUAGCAUGAUAUCUGGUGAUAAUGUAUCUCUAGGUCAAAGAUCGACAAAUUUCGAGAGAGAAAAAAAAGUAGAAGUUGAAGUUUGAUGUGGAAAUUGGUUAAAAUUGAUUAGAUGUGUCCAGUGUGGAUGUCAAUGGUGUACAUGUUAAUGUAUUAAUGGUGUACAUUGAUUAUGAUUUUAAUGAACAGUGAAUACCAUUUCAGCGAUGCAGGUACAUUUGACCUCUUGUUAUUGUUGUGUAAGCUGAUUUGAUUUUUUCACAUCUUGUGAAAAUGAUUGAUAUUAAGAAUAAGGAAAGAUCAGAUUUAUCUUAUAAAUUAAAGAAAAAUAAGAUAGGAUGAAAUUAGGGACCGAAUAUUGGGACAAUAUAGUCACAGGAUUGAAAUUAUGAAGAGUAAAAAUGUUAAUGCAAAGCUGAUGGAAAAAAAAUUUUUUUUUUUGUUAAAUUAGAGAUUAUAUUGUAUGAAUUCCUUUUUCCAAGAAAAAAUGCAGAGAAAGUUUAAGUGACAGAUUGAUGUGUAUAUAAAUAUUUAUUGACUUAAACAUUGAUGAAUAAAUAGUAAUGAUAUGUGUAAGUUGC